UUGGGCGACCAACACUCUCGUUCUCAAAAUGAAGUGUGGACAGACGUAUCGCGUACCUUUCAUAGGUACCACCGCGACACCACGCCCCGAUCCUCCUCCCCCGGAGCCUUCCGUGCCCAUACCAUCUCCUUCUAUCACUGUCACCUUGCCUCGGCAGUUCGCCCACUUCAUCCGAUAGGACGACGUCACCUUCUUUAUGGUGAACGUGACGGAUCUCUUACACUAUGAUCCACCCUGCCCCGACGCCGAGCUCAUCCCUCUGGAGCCAGACCCUCCUUCCAUCUCCAUGGCUCCCAUCUCUACUUCCGUCCCUCUGCCGUCCGUCGAGUCCAACCUGCCGUCGCGCGCUGACGCUGACGCUGAGGAACUCGCACGAUAUACGGCUGACCUGGAGCCCGCAGUUCGUGACCUCAUCCGAGAGUACCACAACGUUUUCCCAUCGUCGUUCUCGUAUGCCGGCAUUCCACCGAUGCGUGACGUCGAGCACUCCAUUCAGCUCGUGCCUGACUAUCGUGUUCACCACCAGGCACCCUACAGACUGUCGAUCCCCGAGGCCACCGAACUCAAGCGUCAGCUUGAGGAGCUCCUGAGACUGGGUUUCAUUAAACCCAGCAACUCCCCGUGGGGUGCACCCGUCCUCUUUGCUCGCAAAGCGGAUGGAACUCUCCGUCUCUGCAUCGACUAUCGCGGCCUCAACCGUUACACGGUUAAGAACAGCUAUCCCACGCCUCGUUCCGAUGAGCUGUUCGACCGCCUAGCAGGCAACCGCUUCUUUACGAAGAUUGAUCUUCGUAGCAGUUACCAUCAGAUCCGCAUCGCUGCAGCCGACCAGCUGAAGACAGCGUCCCGAUCGCGCUUCGGCCACUACGAGUUUACGGUGAUGCCAUUCGGCCUUACCAAUGCACCCGCUACCUUCCAGAGGGCGAUGAACGACAUCUUCAGGGACAUCCUGGAGCAGUACGUUCUCGUCUACCUCGACGAUAUCCUGGUCUAUAGUCGUACCCUUGAGGAGCACCUCAGACACCUCCGCAACGUCCUUGACCGCUUGUGCAUACAUGGCUUCUACGCCAAGCUGAGCAAGUGCCGCUUUGCCCAGCACAAAGUGGACUUCUUAGGACAUUCCGUGUCUGACCAGGGUCUCCACAUGGACGACGCGAAGAUCACUGCUAUUGCGGAGUGGCCCGCUCCCACAUCCGUCAAGCAGCUUCGCAGCUUCCUAGGCCUGACCAACUACUAUAGUAACUUCAUCCGGGGAUACGUUAGUUUCACCACUGAGCACAUCAAGGGUGAGACUAAUCGGGUCGCAGAUGCCUUAUCCCAGCGCCCUCACCACGAUCAGGAGCAGAUCCAACUCUCUUCCAUCUCGGUCACCACCGUCCACCACUUGGUGAUCGACGAGUUUCGCACUCAGUACCGCCACUGCCUCGACUAUCGCGACAUCCACGCGACCCUUCGGAGUGGCAAGACCGUCUCGAACUACUCUCUCGGGGACAAGGGUCUCGUGUACUGGCACGGUUCACAGGACACUAGAGAGCCCCGUAUUUGCGUUCCCUCCCCUGGACAGGUACGUGUCCGAGCCGUAGCAAAGUUCCAUGACCAGGCAGCCGCCGGCCAUAUGGGCUUCCACAAGACGUUGGCUCGUGUGAGCCGCCUAUACGUCUGGCCGAAGCGCAAGGACUUUGUGAAGGACUACGUCGCAGAGUGUCCCACCUGUCAGGAGGUGAACAGUGCGAACCACCUGCCUUAUGGUUUGCUCCAGCCUCUUCCUAUCCCUGAGGGUCAUUGGCUGUCCAUCUCGAUGGACUUCAUCGGUCCUCUUCGACCUCCGACCCCCCGCGGUCAUGAUGCUAUCCUGGUCGUCGUUGACCGCUUCACAAAGCGUGCACGCUUUGUUCCAUGUCGCUAUGCUAUCAGUGCACGUGAGGUCGCCGACAUCGUGUUUGACGGAGUCGUGCGUGACCACGGCUUACCUCUCAGCAUCAUAUCUGACCGUGACCCGCGCUUUACCAGCCGAUUCUGGCGACGGCUCCACGAGGUAUACGACACCCAGCUCCGCUUCUCCUCGUCUUACCAUCCUCAGACUGAUGGUCAGACCGAGAUCACAAAUAGGACUCUCGGAGAUAUUCUCCGAAAGAUUGUUCGUGACGACCAGCAAUGGGACCUCCAUCUUGCCCACGCGGAGAUAGCCUACAACCACGCCGUCUCGCCAGCCACGGGGAUGUCGCCUUACUAUUGCGACCUCGGCUAUCACCCUCGUGUUCCUGCGGACUUCCUUUGACCGUCACAAAUGCACCCCGACA